AUGGAGAACAGAAGUCUAAUUCCUUUCACUUUGGGAGGUGGAGCCGCCCAGUCUACUACACAUGGUAAUGGCAGGCGAAAGAUUCGCGGAGCAAGUUGGAAUUACCAGCGGUUGAUGCAUGUGAACGCCAAGCUGUGA